AUGGCAAACAGUCAUUGUCAUGAGUGCGUGUUGCGUGGCGACAAGGAAGUCAAUGCAGAUGCAACAAGAUGGAAGCGUCUGCGUCAGAGCCUGUUGUGCCCGCCUGGAGUCAAGCUGGGACGUGCUUGUACCUUCCUCUUGGUCUUCCCUCUUGUCUGGAUUGCUGGAUAUGGCCUGACUGGUCACGAGAUGCUCCUCGAUGGGAACCUUUUCAAGAUCUACAUCAUUUUCUUCGCUUGUCUUCUUGGUGGGUGGUUGAUGGAGAUCAUCCGUCUCCCAGGUCUCCUGGGAAUGAUAAUUGUCGGAAUGAUUUUUGGUAACCUGAAGCAUCAGAUUAGUUGGAUGGAACACCCGAUCCAGCAUGGCUGGUCUGGGAAAAUCCGUGGUGUUGCCUUAGUCGUAAUUCUCAUACGUGCUGGACUUGGACUAAAUCCUGAGCAACUGAGACGUUUGAGUCUGAUGGUUGCCCGACUGGCGUUUGUGCCUUCCACCGUCGAGGCGAUAAUAGUGGCAUGCGUCUCGAAUCUCAUUCUCGGCCUCCGCUGGGCUUGGGCUUUCACGUUGGGCUUCGCAUUAGCAGCCGUUUCCCCUGCAAUUGUGGUUCCCUACAUGCUUAAAAUACAAGAAAAUGGCUACGGUGUCGACAAGGGUAUCCCGACGUUGCUGCUUGCAGCAUCGUCCUUGAAUGAUGUCUUCUCUAUCUGGGCUUUUCUGGUCUUCCUUGGUAUCACAUUCUCUCAGCGUUCUUUCGUCAUGCAGACCAUCAUGCCCUUUGUCGAGGUGCUUCUUGGUUUUCUAUAUGGCAUCGUCAUUGGCAUCAUUCUCUGGUUCAUUCCUAAUCGGAAGGACAACUUCGCAUUGGCUGAGAUUCGAUCCAUCUUGCUGUUAAUCGGUGGAAUUGCGUCUUAUUUUGGAAGCAUUUCGAUCAAGAUGCAUUCAGCUGGUGCUCUGGGAGCACUAACACUGGCGUUCGUUGCCAGCUACGGGUGGCGGCGGCAAGGCUACAAGCAAGACAAUCCAGUCUCUCUCAAUUUCAAUUUUCUGUGGUUUAUAUUUCAGCCUCUUCUCUUCGGCCUCGUUGGAGCCGAGCUUGACUUCCUUAAAAUAAAGUUAACCACAGUCAGAUACGGCCUCAUCGUCAUCUUUAUUGGCCUCUUAUUUCGGUGCUGUGGUGCCUUCGUUGUACUUUCAGGAGGUAAUUUGAAUGUCAAAGAGAAGUUAUUCGUAGCAUUUUCAUGGUUACCAAAGGCCACCGUGCAAGCAGCAGUUGGUUCCAACGCCCUCGACGCAGCCUUGGCCCUGACUGAUCCAAAUCCCCAGCAUAUCGAAUGGGGUCAGGACAUCCUAACAAUUGCUGUCAUGGCCAUCCUCGUUUCAGCUCCGAUUGGGGCAACCUUCAUUAGGUCGGUCUCCACCAACAGCCCCGUCAAUGCGUCAGAUACAUCCAUCGCCAUCCCCGAAUGA